AUGGCAAAUCUCGUUAGUGGAACAGCAUUACAUCCGACUCGCGCAAGUCAUGCAAGAUCCCACGAGGCCAAUUUUAAAAGGGUAGUGGCUAAGGUUAAUGAUGCUGUAAGGAGAGCCCACGCUUCCAGCAAGGCUUACACGAGAGUCCAUGUGGUCUCUUUUCGCUGGUCAAAUGAUGAUAUUGGUCUUGGAACCAUUGAGAGUGACCUGCUACAAGCAUUCCGCAACAGCUUUAAUUUCAAGACCGAGAGCUAUUUGCUCCAACACCAGAGCCCACGGUUACGGCUAGAUGUCUCGAACUACUUGAACAAGCUUAUAAACAAGAUUGACAGCACAAGCCUCUUGAUAGUUGUCUAUGAAGGCCACUCCACCACAGCUGGGCAACACCAGAACCAGUUGCUGCUACAUGGAGCAAGAUUUCCCAUCGCGCCAACAAUACUCUGGGACCUAAUCCACCAACCUCUCACAGCGUGUCAAGGGGACGUCCUGGUCGUACUAGACUGCUGUGCUGCAGCCGUCGCCGCCUUACAAGAAUCAGAGGUCGAAUUUCUGGUUGCUUCAGCAUUCGAGUCAUCAACGACAGCAAACAUCGCCACAAGCUUUUCAUCACGCUUAAUCGAACUUCUUGAAAGCUACGCCAAGACAGAGGUGACUGUCGCACAGGUACAUGCGCAGCUUGUUGCAGAUGCAGCGGACCCAGGCAAGUACCUUUACAAUACGCCAGUUCAUAUUUCACCCGCUUCUAAACCAUCAAUAACGCUUCGACCCUUAAACAAGCCCAAUCGUGAACUCACCCAACUCAAAAAGGGUGACACAUGUGGCGACGGCAAGGUUCUUAUUUCAGUCAACCUGCAGGGUAAAUAUGCAUUGCCAGAUUUUGAAGAAUGGAAACGGUGGCUCGCUCAAGAUAUUCCGGAUGGUAUCGCAGACAUAAAAAUUCAAGCCGUAUUUGGGGCGGCAUCGACAUUUUGUCUUUUCACUGUUCCUGUGGAGGUAUGGGACAUGAUGAAGGACGACGACGCCUAUGCGUUUGUCCAGUUUGUUAAUACGGACAACUUUUACCUUCCCGAUUGUCCCGCCUGCGACUCAUCCCUACAGGUGCUUUCUCCGCGACAACAAUCUGCUGGGCCUGGUCCAGCCCUUCAAGAAAAUAUCCCUUUCCAAGGGAAAAAAAAAUUGGACAAGGGAAAAGGGCGUCAGUAA